CAGUUGAGGUAGUGAAGUACAGUGGGCGGGGAGCGGGUAGUAUGGGAGGGAGAGAAGAGAGAAAAAAAAAGAGAGAUAAGGAGGGAGCAGACGAAGGAAUUCGUGAAGAAGCGAAAGCAGUUGAGGGGAAAGGGCAAGGAGCGGCGAGCAGACGCUGAGGUUUCACCUCAGAGGCUUCGACGAGAAAUCAAACAAAGCACAGAGGGGCAGAGAGGAGGGAAAUGACAGGUGGAGCUGGCCGGCUUUCAAUCUUACCUCACAGCUAAUUACCACUUUGACUUUCUCGCUGCGGUGAAAGAAAAGCAAACGGAGGGAGAGAGAAAAACCGCACACUUAAAGGGGCGGCUGGAGGCAUGAGAAAAGGAAGCAGAAGCAACAAGAAAAGGGGGGAGGGAAAGCAGUUAGGAAGUCGGGUCCGGUAGAUGUAUUGAGGAAGAGGAAUCAAGACAGGACUGAGGGACGGAGUAAGUGAGAAACCAACAGGACUGUCACUGACAGAGAGGACGGCGCCAAACACGAGGGAUUACUGACAUCAGCGCAACAAAAAAGGAAGAAGAGCGCCAGGAACGAGGCCACUGUGGUCCAGCAGCAGUCUUCUGUUCCACCAAGACCACUGAGAUAAACAGACCCAAGCACACACAGCACUCUCUGUAACUGCACCAUGUUGUUGAAAGAGUACCGCAUUUGCAUGCCCCUGACCGUGGAGGAGUACAGGAUUGGCCAGCUGUACAUGAUCAGUAAGCACAGCUGUGAGCAGAGUGGCGGGGGCGAAGGGGUGGAGGUGGUGAAGAACGAGUUAGAUACUCACCCCGAGUACGGACGGGGACAGCUGACAGAGAAGCGAAUCUACCUCAACAGCAAACUGCCGGCAUGGUUGAAAGCAUUUGUCCCGCGAGUCUUCUAUGUGACCGAAAAGGCCUGGAACCUCUACCCCUUCACCAUCACAGAGUACUCAGUAUCGUACCUCCCCAAGUUCAGCAUCCGCAUUGAGACGAGAUUUGAGAACAACAACGGCGAUAACAAUAAUGUGUUUGGGGACACGCCGACCCAAGCAGAGAAUGUGAGCUUCCUGGAUAUCCUGAGUGACCCCAUCCCUGAAAAGCACUACAAAGAGUCAGAGGAUCUGAGUCGCUGGCAGUCAAGUAAAACUGGCCGAGGGCCUCUGGAGAAAGGCUGGAGAGACAACCACAAGCCCAUAAUGUGCUCCUAUAAGAGGGUGCAAUGCAGCUUCGAGGUGUACGGCUUUCAGACCCGGACUGAGGAGUUCGUACACAGAAUCAUUCGAGACAUUCUUCUGGUUGGCCACAGGCAAGCAGUGUCAUGGGUAGACGAAUGGCACGGUCUGAGUUACGAGGAUGUGAGAGAGUACGAGCAAGUAAUGCAGGAGAAGACCAACAGUAAAGUGAAAUCCAGUCAGAACACACACUCACCGACUCCCCCGCGUCCUCCGUUCUCUCGCUCCAUCUCAGUGACAGACGAGCGUUCCCUGAAGAAGAUGGGAGUGACGACCGCGGCCAUGCCCGACCCCUCUGGCUCCUCCAGGCCCAAAAGCCCCAUUCGCCUCAACUCCACCCCCGAAUGACGCCUUGCACACACACACACACACACACAGCGUGCACACACAGGAACCGAUGCCAAACAGAAGGCUGUGGUACAGCUGUUUGGUUUAGCUUAGUGCACAGGGAACAGUAGGUAAAGGUCAAAUAAUCUGCUUACGAGCAUGUUAGUUGGUUUAUUUACCCAGACAGAAAUCAAAGUAUGAAAAUGACAAUUCAGUUUCAAGGGGCGAUGCACUGGACACAAUCAGAUCACCAUAAAACACUGAAUCGUUGUUAAGCUUAUUGUGCAGAUUAAUGUGCAGUUAUAAUAUGUUAGUAAAUUAUCUUAAAUGCAGGGGCAGAAGGAUUUUAUAAUUUUUAUAACCAUUAGACGCUAGAGAAGUGUCGUUGUUUUCUACUGUUCGAGUCUUGGUGCUAAGCUAAGCAAAGCUAAGCUCCACACUUCAUACAUCAGACGUAGGAGAGCCGUAUAGAUCUUCAUAUCAGACUCUCCGUAAUGUAUUCCCCGGAACGUCUGCCGAGACUACUAUAGCAAUAUUACACAAACAUUAUGUGCCUACUCAAAAACCAACUUGUUGCAAAACGACAAUCCUACCAGUGUCUUGCACAACCUGAAAACUGGAUGCAUUUCAGCGUUUUUUGUUGUGGUUUUUUUCUCAGUUCAUCAGCGAUAGUAGAGCUCAGCGACCACCAGCAGUGCUCCCCGAUUGUUUCCUAACCCCCUCCCAGCAGCCGACAGACAGAUGCAUAAAGGGUUUAAUAGAGUGGAUCUAAUGAGAGCGAAGAAGAGAGCGGAGGAGUGCGCCAUAGAUCUGUUCCCCUUCCACCUCGACCAAUAGGUCGGGCCAGGUGCACGGACAGAGAGCAGUGAGGGCCUCGCGUUGGGUCCUGGAUCACUGAGCUCAAAUAGGUAAAGAGGGCUAAACUUGUGUGAAAUUAUGAGUCAAUAAAAUUACAAUUUUUAAGACUUUCAUCUUAAAUGUUUAUGUAUAGUUCGAGGAUGGGUUUUCAUCACGAGGGACCAACGCUGGUCCCUCGUGAUGAAAUGUGUAUGUGUUUUUUUCCCUUAUAUGUAAAGACCUUUCUGUUAGAAGUAGAUGUGGAAAAAAUGUGUGCAAAUUACAGUCUUGUCAUUGAUUUUCAUCAAUAAAUCCAAUUCAUAUCAAAUG